AUGACAUUCUCGUUGGAACUUCUCUCCCCAUCGACUCGUGCCAGAUGAAGAGCUAUAGAUUAUAGACACAAUCAGCACCACCGACCCAGAAGCAUAAAACUCAGAGUGGACUUUCCCAUCACAAUGACUGGAGCUACGUUGGGAAGUGUUAUAUACACUGCAUUCAAGCCCAUCAUUAAAAUCUACCUCAUCAUAGGGACAGGCUAUAUACUCGCCCGAAUGAAUAUCCUAACGAUUGAUACGGGAAGAAACCUAUCCAACAUGGUUAUGACCGCCUUGCUCCCGUGCCUCAUCUUCAAUAAAAUCAUCAGCAGUAUCCAAUCCUCAGAUAUCAAAGCUAUAGGAAUUAUUGGCCUUAAUGCGACUCUCUUGUUUAUGGUAGGUGGCACAUGCGGCUUCAUCAUAGGCAAGAUGACUCCAUCACCGAAGAGGUGGACGGGAGGCAUCAUAUCCGUGGGUAUUUUCCCUAACAUAUCUGAUUUGCCUAUUGCCUACGUCCAGUCCAUGGACACGGGGACUAUAUUCACCCAACAGCAGGGAAACAAGGGAGUGGCAUACGUGUGCGUUUACUUGGCCUUUUAUAUCAUCUACCAAUUUAAUUUGGGAGGCUACAAGUUUAUUGAGUAUGACUUUCGGGAUGCCUUGAAGGCAGAUAUCGAGAAUGAUACGAUUGAAGAAAAAGGCACUAGCAGGCCUGACCAGGACAACAUAAGGAGAGAGAAAGAGGAAAGUGGACACGGGUCUACUGAAUCUUCAUCCUCUGUGGCCUCUUUUAUCCAAGAAGGCCAGGAAGACCUUGCUAACACUGGCACAAACACCAAUACCGAAUUACUCCAACACGCAGCAUUUUUAAACGCUAGAUCCAACUCUACUACCUCAGACACGUCCCACUCUUCCUCUCAAGCAGCCCCUCUUCGCAGAAAGAUGACGACCAGGGCAAGUACCUCCUCAAACCACUCGGGAGUAUCAGCCCUAUCUCUUCAAUUGGACGGCCCCGAUGCAGCCCCGUCCACCCCAAACAUCAUCGAAGGGUACAGUGAAUUGGAGAGAUUGCGGACCAACCCCAACUUGACGAGAACGGUUACGGGGAUGCAAGAUAUCAGCCUUGUGCCCCCCGAUCGCGUCAGAGCACUAUUCCAAAAAUACCAUUUACUGUUUGUGUACGGGAUUUUCGAAAAUUUGAAAAAGCCAACGUCGGUCACCCUCAUCGUUAGCAUUGCCUUUGCCAUGAUUCCGUGGGUCAAGGCAUUGUUUGUCUCAUCUAAUCAGGUGCACUUACCGGAUGCUCCAGACGGCAACCCCCCCUUGUCAUUUAUGAUGGAUUUCACAUCCUAUGUGGGAGCCGCGUGCGUACCGAUCGGUCUCUUGCUAGUCGGAGCCACACUUUCGAGGUUGACCGUGAAAGCAAUCCCCCCGGGCUUCUUGUACACCGCGGCGGUUAUUACUGUUUUCCGUUUGGUGGCAAUGCCAGUUUUGGGCUGUUUGGUAAACUGGGGAUUUGACAGAGCCAACUUUUUCGUUGACGACGACAUGUUGCGAUUCAUAUCGAUUAUCAAUUGGGGCCUUCCUAGUGCAACCACCCUUGUAUAUUUCACGGCAUUUUACUCGGAUCCCAAGUCGGACGAUAAUAUCCAGAUGGACUGCUUGUCGAUUGUGAUGCUAUGCCAAUACCCACUCUUGUCCAUCACGCUACCUACAUUGGUAAGCUACACCUUGAAGGCCAUCAUGCAUUACUAG